GUUGGUUUUAAGCCGCUGAGGGUGUUACAGAAACGCAACAAAGCUCUAAAGAAAAUGAAGAAGAUGUUAAAGAAAGGAGAGCUACAACAAACACCGAAAGGUUUUCUCUGUACUGUCACUAGUGUGACGGAUUCGGAGGAAGAGCUGGACAACAACAAGAUCGAAGAACUGAAUCAACCCAUCAAUACCAAGGAUUUUCCCAUUCAGAUCGACUGGAACGCAAGCCUGCCUCCCAACAUCAAAGUUCCAAGGAUUGAUAUUCAUAGCAUCAUUCUUGAUUUUUCAGCGGUAUCGUUUCUUGACGUUUCAGCCAUGAGGAUCGUCGGAGAGACUUUGAGAGAAUUUAUCUGGGUUGAUGUUGAAGUCUAUAUUGUGGGCGCAUAUG